AUGGAACACCGCGUCCGCGACGUCGUGACGAGGCUCUGUCUGACACACCGCUGGUCAGCCGGUUGGUGGUGGAACGUCGCAUCGGCAUCGUCGAGACGAGGCUCCGCCUGGUUCGCCGUUGAUCUGCCGGUGGGAUGGAUCUCGGAAUUGACACCGUCGACACGCGCCCAUCUGGUGCACCGUAGGAGACCGCAGGCUUGCGGCAAUGCCGUAAGCCAUUGGCAAAGUCGAGUCGUUCUUCAACUGCAAAAAAAAACUCGUGGCCCACAGUGGAGUUCGGCCGCGCCGGCACAUCAAGCAGCCCCUAUUCAGGGGUCAGGGCACUGCUUCCUUCGGGGGGGCCUGGAAAAGCUGGCCUAAAAAUUGCUGGGGAACCACGUCGUCUGCUGGCGCACCGUGGUCACAGACGCAAAACUCACGAUCGAAACAAUCAAACUCGAAACAACGACAACAACCAUACUCAUUCUCCUCAUCCUACCUCUUCUACCUCUACCUCCGUCUAUUCUUCUGCCUAUUCUUCUCCUCCGUCAUCUUCUUCUCCACCUCCUUCCCAUCGCCCCACUCGUUUUCCCCAGACUGGCAGGGUGAGCCCGCUCACUCUGGCAGCCUGGAAUGUUCGUUCCCUUUUAGACAGUCCGAGGAGCAACCGACCGGAACGGAGGACGGCGCUAGUGGCACGAGAACUGGCGCGCUACAAGGUGGACAUCGCCGCACUCAGCGAGACCCGAUUCUCCGAACAAGGCCAACUGGAGGAGGUGGGUGCCGGUUACACCUUCUUCUGGAGUGGUCGACCUAGGGCAGAGCGACGAGACGCGGGCGUCGCCUUCGCCAUCCGGACCGACAUCGUGGGACGACUGCCCUGUUUGCCGCAGGGCAUCAACGAUCGCCUGAUGAACCUCCGCCUGCCUCUCUGGGGAGGCAUAUUCGCCACCAUCAUCAGCGCCUACGCUCCGACGAUGACCAACCCCAACGCCGUCAGAGACAACUUCCACGAGGACCUGCACGCCCUCUUGGCGACUGUGUCGAAGGCGGACAAGUUGAUUGUCCUUGGUGACUUCAACGCCCGCGUCGGCACAUACCAUACUGCCUGGAGGGGAGUGCUGGGUCCCCACGGUCUCCGCGGCUCCAACGACAACGGCCUGCUUCUCGUCCGCACCUGCGCAGAACACCGCCUCACCCUGACGAAUACCUUCUUCUGUCUGCCGGAGCGAGAGAAGGCCACCUGGAGGCAUCCUCGGUCGCGUCAGUGGCACCUGCUGGACUAUGUCCUCGUCCGGAGGCGAGAUCAGCGGAACGUGCUGGUGACGAAGGCGAUCGCGGGUGCUGACGGGUGGACCGACCAUCGCCUCGUCAUCUCGAAGAUGCGUGUUCGCCUAUAGCCUCGCAGGAGACCACAAGGUAAGCUGAAUGUUGCUUUGUUGUCUUUGUCUGCUCACCGUCUCCAUUUCAGCAAUGAGCUAGCUCAACGGCUAGAAAACCUUCCUAUCGCUGCCGCCGCCGACGACGCCGCCGCCGCUGCCGAGAACGCCUCCGUGGAGAACCGCUGGUGUCAACUGCGUGACACGGUCCAGUUGACGGCGCUCGCCGUCCUCGGUCGCGCUCCCCGCCAACACCGGGACUGGUUCGACGACAACGACGCUGCCAUCAGAAAUCUGCUUGCCGUGAAGAACCGCCUACACAAAGCCUACGUAGAGCACCCCACUGAGGGCAACAAAGCUGCCUUCUACCGCAGUCGCCGACAGCUUCAGCAACGACUGCGAGAGAUGCAGGACGCCUGGACUGCUCGCAAAGCUGAGGAGAUCCAAGGCUACGCGGACCGCAACGAAUGGAAGAACUUCUUCUCCGCGAUCAAAGCUGUCUACGGUCCGCCGACGAAGGGCACUGCUCCUCUCCUCAGCGCCGACGGCAGCACUCUCCUGACUGAGAAGACGCAAAUCCCGCAGCGAUGGGCCGAGCACUUCCGAGGCGUCCUCAACCGCCCUUCCGUCAUCUCCGACGCCGCCAUCGCCCGCUUGCCGCAAGUGGCGACCAACGCGGACCUCGACCUCCCGCCAUCUCUCAAGGAAACGAUCAAGGCCGUGCAGCAGCUCUCCAGCGGGAAAGCACCCGGAUCGGACGCAAUCCCUGCUGAGGUCUACAAGCACGGAGGUCCCCUACUGAUGGAUCACCUGACUGCGCUCUUCCAGGAGAUGUGGCGUCAACGUGAAGUCCCACAAGAUUUCAAGGACGCAACUAUCGUGCACCUAUACAAGCGCAAAGGGAAUCGCCAAGUCUGCGAAAACCACCGCGGCAUCUCCCUACUGAACAUCGCCGGGAAGAUCUUCGCUCGCAUCAUGCUCAACCGCCUCAACAACCAUCUGGAACAGGGCCUUCUGCCGGAAAGCCAAUGCGGCUUCCGUCGUCAUCGUGGGACCACGGAUAUGAUCUUCGCAGCCCGCCAACUUCAGGAGAAGUGCCAGGAGAUGCGGACCCACCUGUACUCUACCUUCGUGGACCUGACGAAAGCCUUCGACACGGUGAAUCGUGAAGGACUGUGGAAGAUUAUGCAGAAAUUCGGCUGUCCGGAGCGAUUCACUCAGAUGGUGCGUCAGCUGCACGACGGUAUGAUGGCGCGAGUCACGGACAACGGAGCUGUCUCAGAGGCAUUCGCAGUGACCAACGGAGUGAAGCAGGGCUGUGUGCUGGCGCCUACCCUCUUCAGUCUCAUGUUCUCUGCCAUGCUGAUGGAUGCCUACCGCGACGAACGCCCUGGAAUACGCAUCGCCUAUAGAACGGACGGUCAUCUCCUGAAUCGCCGGCGCAUGAAUUUCCAAUCGCGUGUAUCCACAGCCACCGUGCACGAACUCCUCUUCGCCGACGACUGCGCCCUGAACACCACGUCAGAAGUGGAGCUGCAACGGAUCAUGGACCUAUUCUCCGCCGCCUGCGAGAACUUUGGGCUGGUUAUCAACACACAGAAGACGGUGGUGAUGCAUCAGCCGCCUCCCAACUCAGCCACAGCCCCCAACGCGCCGCAAAUCAACGUGAAUGGGACUCAACUGCAAGUGGUAGAGAACUUCCCGUACCUGGGCAGCACGCUCUCCCGCAACACCAAGAUCGACGACGAAGUCGCCAACAGGAUCUCGAAAGCCAGUCAAGCCUUCGGUCGCCUCCAAAGCACAGUUUGGAAUCGUCAUGGUCUUCAACUGAGCACAAAGCUGAAGAUGUACAAGGCCGUCAUCCUGCCGACGCUACUGUACGGAGCGCAGACCUGGACGGUGUACACGAGGCAGGCACGUCGACUAAACCACUUCCACCUCAGUUGUCUCCGCCGCAUCCUGAGGCUGAACUGGCAGGACCGCAUCCCCGACACCGAAGUGCUGGAACGGACGGGAAUUCUGAGCAUCUACUCCAUGUUGAGACAAAUGCAGCUGCGCUGGAGCGGCCAUCUGGUGCGCAUGGACGACGAGCGACUACCCAAACGACUCUUCUACGGAGACGUCGCGACGGGUUCUCGUCGUCAAGGAGGCCAAAUUCGCCGUUAG